GGGCGCUUUGCGCAGGCGCAGUAUCGGGACGCUCCUUCAGCGGACUGGGAAGCUCGCUCAGUCUUGGGCUCUCCGCGUGCAGUGCGGACAGGCGCCCUUCAGCUCCGAGCCACGGCGUUUUGGGCACAUCGUAACCUCUCUCGGAAGCUGUUGACGUUCUGUACCUCUUGGGCUACACACCAGCUGGAAGGAGGCUGGCUGGACGGCUCCAGAAACUCCAGUUCCCGGCGUGCACCGCGCCGCGCGAAGGACGACGGAGCUGCCCAUCGGCAGCCCGCUUAAAGGAGACGCAGCUACUUUUCAGCUGCACGUCAAAAGCGCCUGAAGUAAGAAGAGGGCGGUGCCGUCCUCAAUGUCCUGGUCCUGAGUCCGGGAGAUGAGGGCAAGUCCUUGUCGGCCCUUUGGUUCGCUGGGCCGGGGAGCUCGCGAUCAGGAACAGUGAUGCUGAGGUCGCAUGUCCAGAGAGCGGCCUCCUCCACCGGGCCCAUUUUCCAGCCUCCUAGAUCAUUGUCUGUCAGGAUCGGUUACUGAGCACUGCUGCUCCCGGCUGCUAAAGCAGCUCUCUUGCCUGCCCUGGCCAGUGUCUUCUAGUCAUCUCAGCUGCAGCUGGCACCGAGACCUUCCUCACAUCCCCAGACGAGACUUCAGGAACCAGCCGAAAAUGUGCGUGUAAAAUGCAAGCCGGAUGCAGCAGAGGUCUCUCUUCCUGCCCCGUAUCCUUGGACCAUGAAGGUGCUGGACCAGAGUGUCUUCUGGAUGCUGCUUUCCUUUUUUGGCCUGAUAGCCAGUGCUGCCGAGCACGAGGAGGUGGCCAAGCACGCCAUCAAGUUGCACCGUGGGAAGGGCGCCACUGCCACUCAGAGGAAGCAGUGGGCCCUGGACAGCUGCAGGAGGCUCACUGGGCUCCUGCGGCAGAAGAAUGUGGUUCUCAACAAACUGAAGAACGCCAUCAGAGCAGUGGAAAAGGACACCAGCCUUUCAGGCGAGGAGAAGCUCUUCCAGGUGCACACGUUUGAGAUUUUCCAGAAAGAGUUGAAUGAAAGUGAAAAUUCAGUUUUCCAGGCCAUCUAUGGACUGCAGAGAGCCCUGCAGGGGGACUACAGAGAUGUGGUCAACAUGAAAGAGAGCAGCAAGCAGCGGCUGGAGGCUUUGAGGGAGGCUGCCAUUAAGGAGGAGACAGAGUAUGUGGAACUUCUUGCCGCAGAAAAACACCAAGUGGAAGCCCUUAAAAAUAUGCAGCAUCAAAACAAGAGUCUCUCCAUGCUUGACGAGAUUCUUGAAGACGUGAGGAAAGCUGCGGACCGCCUGGAGGAGGAGAUAGAGGAGCAUGCCUUCGACGACAAUAAAUCAGUCAAAGGCGUCAACUUUGAGGCAGUUCUGAGAGUGGAGGAAGAGGAGGCCAGUUCCAAGCAGAAUAUCACGAAGAGGGAAGUGGAGGAUGGCCUAGGCCUCAGCAUGCUUAUCGACUCCCAGAACAACCAGUAUAUUCUGACCAAGCCCAGAGAUUCAACUAUCCCACGUGCAGACCACCACUUCAUAAAGGACAUCGUGACCAUAGGGAUGCUGUCCUUACCUUGUGGCUGGCUGUGUACAACAAUAGGACUGCCUACGAUGUUUGGCUAUAUAAUUUGUGGGGUGCUUCUGGGGCCUUCAGGACUGAACAGUAUUAAGUCUAUUGUACAGGUGGAGACAUUAGGAGAAUUUGGGGUCUUCUUUACUCUUUUUUUGGUUGGCUUAGAAUUUUCUCCAGAGAAGCUGAGAAAGGUGUGGAGGAUUUCCUUACAAGGACCUUGCUAUAUGACACUGCUGAUGAUUGCCUUUGGCUUGUGGUGGGGACACCUCCUGCGGAUCAGACCCACUCAGAGUGUCUUCAUUUCCACCUGCUUGUCCUUAUCAAGCACACCCCUGGUGUCCAGGUUCCUAGUGGGCAGUGCCCGGAGUGAUAAAGAAGCAGGUGACAUUGACUACAGCACAGUGCUGCUCGGCAUGCUGGUGAUGCAGGACGUGCAGCUGGGUCUGUUCAUUGCCGUCAUGCCGACUCUCAUACAGGCUGGAGCAAGCGCCUCUUCCAGCGUUGUCAUGGAAGUAUUGCGCAUUCUGUUUCUGAUUGGACAAAUUCUCUUUUCGCUAGCUGCUGUCUUUCUUUUGUGUCUUGUCAUGAAGACGUAUCUCAUAGGACCGUAUUAUCGAAAGCUGCACGUGGAAAGCAAGGGGAACAAGGAGAUCCUUAUCCUGGGAGUGUCGGCUUUCACCUUCCUGAUGCUGACGGUCACAGAGCUGCUGGACGUCUCUAUGGAGCUUGGCUGCUUCCUGGCUGGAGCAUUGGUCUCUUCCCAAGGGCACAUGGUCACCGAGGAGAUCAUGGCUUACAUCGAGCCUAUCCGUGACUUCCUGGCUAUCAUCUUCUUCGCAUCCAUAGGGCUUCAUGUGUUCCCCACCUUUGUGAUCUAUGAGUUGACUGUGCUGAUAUUCCUCACGCUGUCCGUGGUCAUCAUGAAGUUUGUGUUGGCAGUGCUGGUCUUGUCUCUCAUCUUGCCAAGGAGCAGCCAGUACAUCAAGUGGAUCGUAUCUGCUGGGCUGGCACAGGUCAGCGAGUUCUCCUUUGUUCUGGGGAGUCGAGCACGGAGAGCAGGCAUCAUCUCCAGAGAGGUGUACCUCCUUAUCCUAAGUGUGACCACACUUAGCCUCUUACUUGCCCCAGUGCUGUGGAAAGCAGCCAUUACCAAGUGUGUGCCGAGACCAGAGAGGCGGUCAAGUCUCUGACAGCACCAAAGGACCACAGACUAUGGGGCGGGGAUCCCUCCCGGGGGUUUCCAGUCCUGAGAUGGUCAGCUGCUGCACCUUUCCACUGGCUUCCCAUCAGAGUCACACCGACCAAGAGGCAGAGUCCUCAUGCUUGCUUGCAUUUUAAAAGACUCUCCUGUCAUGUUUAAGAAUUUUCCAGAGUAAUUUAUUUGCAGUCGGUUGAUUAUGUACAGAGUUUUAACACUGCAUCUUACAAUCACCUGAACUAUUUUGCCUGGAUGUGCCUUUUUUAAUGAAAAUUAUUAACUUCUACUUGUUAAUUUAUCAGCUUAUGAUUUUUUGGUAAA